AUGGGGUUCUUAAGUGAUCAUCCACACACAGCUAUUACCGAUGAGAUAAAUAGAAUAGUUUCAUCUCGUAAAUAUUCCUUAGAUGCAGAACUAGGUCCACUAGUUGAUUUAAUUAGAAGUCCCCUUGACCUUGGUACCCAUGAUGAUAUAAGUACUGAACACCAGUAUAUUUCGAACCAAGAAGAAGCUGCUCGUAGUUUCAGAAAGAAAUUGAAAUGGGGUAACGAAUUGCAACAAUUAAGAACCUUAGAGUUGCUAGGCUUGUUCAUCGGUCAAGGUUUGAAAUUCAGUGUUCUUUAUAAUGAUUUCAAAUUGAUUGAAAGAUUGACUGUUAUUGCUUUGAAUCAAAAACUAAAUGGUAAUGGCCAACACUACGCUAAAGAAGUCAUCAAUUAUGCAAGAUUAUGUAUCUUAAAUUGGUACGAGUACAUAGAGUCAAGAAAUUAUAAGAAUAAACGUUGUUACGAAUCGAUCGUCAAAUUAUAUAAAUAUGUCAAAAAUCAUAAAAUGAAAGAAAUUGUAGCUACUACGUCCAACGAUUUGACAGCAAUCCGUUUGAAGAAUAAUUUUAUGGAUGAUAGUGCAGAUGAAACUGUGUUCCAAUAUGAUAACCCUCAUAAUAUGAAUAGAAAUAAGGAUGAUGCCAAAUAUAGAAUACCAAAGAUUGAUUUGAAAAAAGAGGAUCCAAAGAUUCAAAUUAUUAUCAGUGAUGCAUUGGCUGCAGCUAUAGCAUUGGAAAAUUCUUUAAUGGUUUUACCUGUAGAUGCUAAUGCCAUGGAGGACGAAGAUUGUACCACAAAGUUUGUUCAGGCAAGAGCAAUUAGAAGAAAAGUGUUAAGAUAUUUGCAACUGGUCACUGAGGGAAAAUUUUUAGGCAGUUUACUUCAUGCUAACGACGAAUUGGUUAAAGCUUUGACUGCAUACGAUAAGAGGUGUCAACCAGAGACUGAUGAUGAUGAGCUUGUUUAUGAUUCAGAUGAUAGCCUUGCAAACUAUGAAUCUGAUGAGGAGGAGGAGGAUGACGAAAGUGAAACAAGUGCAACUGAAGAAAUUAAUAGUGGUUGGGUUGUUGAUACGCAUCCAAGUGUUAAAGAUUCAUCAAAGGGGAAAAAACAAAACUCAUUUUCAAGAGAAUUUAAUAAUAACAACCCAUUCAGCGACAAUAACCAACUUUAA